AUGAAGAGUAUGAAAUGUAUAUACUUGUCCCUUCUUUUUUGGUUUUGUUGUAUGUUUUUCACAUAUUAUUACGAUGCGUAUGUUAAAUGUGUGGUAUGGGAUGGAAUUUCAGAUGAACAAUCGAAAAAUGUAAAACAUUUGACACAUGAUGUUGAAUUACAAAUAUAUAGUCAACACACACUUAAUUGUAUAGCUUUAUUUUGCAACAAUAAAGAGUUGAAGUGCAAAAAUGUGUAUAAAGAAUUUGUUGAAGCAUCUAACGAGAUAGCCAAUGAUGAAAUAGUAUUUGUAUAUGUAGACACUAUUGCACUCAAAAAAACUGCUGAUAAUUUUGAAAUAAAAAACAUUCCCAAAAUAUUAACCUUUAAAGAUUUCGAUCCAGAAAAAGGGUAUACAUUUAGUAAAAAAUAUACAAAAGAAAAUAUUCUAGAAUGGUUUAAAUUAUUACCUAUACCUUCUAUAGAAAUUAUGGAAAUAAAUAAUGUAGAUAAAUAUGUUGAAAUGCAAAAAAAGAAAGGAUAUGCAAGUAUUAUUGCAUUUUGUUUAAAAAAUUCUGAUAAUGUACAUAAAUUUUUUCAUUUUGGAGAAACACAUAAACUACCUAAUUUAUCAGUUGGGUUAGUUUACAUUGACCAAUAUGAUGAAACAAGAAUUGAAAUUUCCAACGGUCCUGGUGCAACUCUUCCAAAUGAUAGAAUAAAAUAUAAGGAUGUAUACAAACCUGAAAAUAAUGUAUGGGUUUCAAAUGAUAUACUUACAUUUGCCAUUGAUUACAUGGCUCAAUUUCCUGUCAUUAUUAAUUAUAGUAGAAAAAUCAAUAAACCUCUGAAAGGUGAAAUUUAUGUGUAUAUUUACAACCAUUUUGGUCUUUAUUCUGACACAUUGUAUGUAGAGUUGAUUCCUGUCAUACUGAAGCAUCAUCCACAGAAGGAUGAAAUAAUUGAAUUGGUUGGGACAGAAAUGGGUGGGAAUUUCAUCCUUGUGGUAGAUUACAGAGAUGCAUCAGUUGAUGUACUUUACGGAUUGUUAAGACCUAAAAAAUAUAUUAAAGAAAUGAAAGCAGAAGACAUGAAAUAUGAACAAGUAUCCAAUAUAAUAAACCAAUUUUAUAACAAUGAACUUUCUCGAAUUGUAAAAUCUCAAAAAGAAGUUAAAAGAAGAGAACAGGAGAAUUAUCAAAUUUUAUGUGCCAAUAACUUUGAAUCAUUUGUACUUGACCCAGAGAAAAUUAUUUUAAUUUUUUACCAUGUGGAAGGUUGUAAAGAAUGUAAACCACUAUUUUCAUUUUGGAAAAGUGUAUCUAAUUAUUUUCAUUUAGAAAAUAAAUAUAAAGAUGUUUUAGUAGCUACCAUGGAUUCUAAGUUGAAUGACAUGUUUGAUGAAUCGAUUGAUUUUUACCCUAGUGUGGCUAUUUACCCUAAGGGUGAAAACAAGUUGAAGAAAAAAAAAAUUCUCCUUUUUCCUAUCAAAUUGGACACGCUGAUUGAUAUAGUAGAUGAACUUUUAGAAGGAGUGCAGGAAGAUUUGUAA